CUCACCCGCUAGCCAAUUGUAAAAUGAAUUUCGGAUCAACGAUCAGGUCCUACCCAGGGAAUUUAUCAUGAAUAAAUCCAUAAAUUUUAAUAAGUGGCUAAAGACAAGUUGGAAUAGGGAAUAAAUUAAGUGGUUAUUGAUACUUUCCCAUAAAAAGACAAGAAUAACAGGCGAAAAAUUAACAUUUCUGAUCAGCUGUAUUUGACAAAAGUGAGAGAUGAUGACGUUUGGAUAGUAAACGUAUACGAGAAUUCCCUCCCCACUUAAAAAAAAUUAAUUCCCCUUCUCUGGGACCAUGGCAUGGUUGGAUAGUGACAUAAAAUCGUAUUGGCGACCACGACCCAGAGUUCGUCAGACAGUUGCCUUGGCGAUGGCUCUAACUGGGAUGCUCGGUAUACUAAUAGCUGUCCUUGUGCUUCCGCAGAACAGCGUUAUUGCAAACGGCCAGAAAUUUAAUUCACCUUGGCAUUACGAGUGUGACGGUGGAUUAUGUAAAAAAAAGGAGUUAACGAUUGAUGUGGAGACCCCACACUCGUUGGAGGUCUGUCAGCUUUUUUGCGGUGAGGGAGGUGCACUAUGGCCAAAACCCACGGGCCAUCUUUCUUUGGGGAACUACGUAGCUCAUUUGGAUCCUGAGAGAAUUAGCCUGCGCGGAAUCUAUGAGAGAUCUCCUGCUGGGCACUUUCUUCACAGGAACAUUCAACUUUUGAAGAGAAAUGUUAAGAAAAUUGGAGGAGGACUUGUUAAGGAUGGCGGAUUGGCUCUGGGGAUUGAGAUCGCUGGGAUAAAGAACACUUAUGAUACAAGGAUGACAUUAAAUACGAGAGAGAACUAUACCCUGCAUGUGCAUCAGCCAGACAAUGAAAGACUGAUGGCGAGGAUCGUCGCGGACACUUACUUCGGGGCCCGAAAUGCAUUGGAAACUCUCUCUCAAUUGAUCGUCUACAAUGAUCUUCGUAAUGAAGUCCAAAUUGUGAGAGAUAUUUACGUCAUUGAUGCCCCUGUUUACCCCUAUCGAGGAAUCCUCCUAGACACCAGUCGUAAUUUCGUGGACAAAAGCACAAUCCUUCGGACGAUUGAAGCCAUGGGAAUGUCCAAAUUGAAUACCUUCCACUGGCACAUAACCGACACUCACAGCUUUCCCUACUCGAGCAGGAGUUAUCCAAAUCUACAAAGGUAUGGAGCAUACUCUCCUAUAAAGGUCUACACACAAGAGGAUAUCAGCGAAAUAAUUGAUUUUGGACUCACACAUGGAGUUAGAGUGCUCCCGGAGUUCGACGCCCCAGCGCACGUGGGCGAAGGAUGGCAGUGGGUGGGUGACAAUGCCACUCUUUGCUUCAAGGCCGACCCUUGGAAGAACUACUGCGUUGAGCCCCCCUGUGGCCAAUUAAAUCCGACAAGUGAAACAGUUUAUGAAAUUCUUGAUGGAAUUUAUCGGGAUAUGAUCGAGGAUUUCGCUCCCGAUAUUUUUCACAUGGGAGGAGAUGAGGUAAACAUCAACUGCUGGAACUCUUCGUCUGGUAUUCAAGAGUGGAUGUUAAAAAAAGGCUGGAAUUUAUCUGAGUCGAGUUUUAUCGAUUUAUGGGCUACCUUCCAAGAACGAGCUUAUCAGAAACUUAAGCUUGCUAAUAAUGGGAAAGAUAUUCCAGUUAUUCUGUGGACUAGUGAACUCACCAGUGAGAGUAAUAUUCACCAUUUGGAUCCCAGUAGAUAUAUUAUUCAGAUUUGGACGAGGGGAGACGAUGCCACUAUUGGACGACUGGUUAAGAAUAACUUCAGAAUGAUCUUCUCCAAUUAUGACGCACUUUAUCUCGAUUGCGGGUUCAGUGCAUGGGUAGGUGAAGGGAACAACUGGUGCACCCCCUACAAAGGCUGGCAGAAGAUUUAUGAAAAUUCCCCCUUACAAAUAAUCAAGUCGCAGGGAUUCGAUGACUCGAAAAAAUAUUUAAUUCUCGGUGGAGAGGCAACAUUGUGGACCGAGCAGGCAGACAGUGCCUCGAUAGACUCCCGACUGUGGCCAAGAUCAGCAGCAAUGGCUGAGAGGCUAUGGAGUGAAUCGGGAUCCUGGAUCCAUGCAGAACAGAGAAUGCUCAGACAUCGUGAACGUCUAGUCAAACGUGGAGUGUUUGCUGAUAGUCUGGAGCCCGAGUGGUGUCUGCAGAAUCAGGGAAGCUGUUACGCUUAAUUCUAUGUAAUUAACUUGACCAUUAACGUACAAUUAAUUAAAUAGUGUAAUUGAUUUCAAUAAAUUUACAACAUUGAUAUAUUACUGUUGGCGGUA